CAGGUUUUAUCACUUCUGAGGUUUCUUUGGUUGAUGUGGACAAGUCUUGUGUAGGUUAGCUAGAAGGUGAACACGGUUAUUUUUGAGGGAAAUAAUCGUUAUUUUUUGAAAAUAAACAGAAUGCAAGUGCUAACUAGUGAGCUAGCUAACUAGCAACAUAUUUACAAAAAUAUAUAUUUCAGAAUAUCUUAUUAAUUAUCUUUUUCUGAAGCUAACUUAGAUUUUGUUUCUUCAGGUUUUUUCACUUCUGAGGUUUAUUUGGUUGAUGCGGACAAGUCUUAUGUAGGUUAGCUAGAAGGUGGACAUACGGUUAUUUGUGAGUGGGAAAAUUGUUAUUUUUGGAAAAUAAACUGGGUGCAAGUUUUCCAACUGUCAGUUCCAGUGCUUGUGGGUUAAGUUCGCUUGCUUAGCAAACCUAACUGGAAUAUGUGGGUUAAAACCCUGUCAGUUUGGGGAAAAGACCCUGUGAGUGACACACACACACACACUUGACGUUAGACUCACAUACACACGUUUCCAACUCCCUCUUUCCUUCCCUUCCCUUUAGUGGGAAGCCGAAAGGCGUUGACACGCUGCUUUAGUUAAAGGCUAGGUUAACUAACCUCGCUAUAAUAACCGGAGAAAAAGCUUAGGUUAGCUAUCCUAGCUAGCUACUGUCGCCUCCUCGCUUUUCUGCUCUUUUCCAGCUUUAAGCAUUCUUUCCCCCCUCAAUAUCUGCCUGUACCGGCGGUGUCUAGUCGAGGGCGGUUCGCUGCUGUUCACCGCGCCGCUGUCUGGAGCAGGUUUUGGCGCUCCAGGCCCUGAGGAGACCGGGGAGUUUCCUACCGCGUCCGCCAUUUGUUCUGGUUGUGGGAGGGAGGCUACAGGUAGCCAGGGCUGGGAGUUGGCGCACACACAUUUAGAAGUGAGCUAGUUAAUGAGGCAGCUGAGGUGUUUUCACUACUCAACGGCAUGUCAGAUUGACGCUUAAUGGCUGGGAGCCCCCAGGCUCACGUCCAAGAUUGACUCUCGGCAGAGCACAGUCUCCACCAAUCUGCUGAGCGAGUUUCGCCUCCUGCCAGAUAAAACCGCCCACAAGCUUCCACUACGUCUGCCCAGCCCCAAGCCCAGCAACGUCCAGGACGCCCUCAGCCAAUCGCUGGGGCAGGAAAGCGCCAACAUGGACACGGAGUCCACCUACUCUGGCUACUCGUACCACUCUGGCCGGUCGAGGGGCUCACACAGGCAUGGGGAGCGCAGUCGUGACCGGCACAAGUCCCGCAGUAAAGACAGCAGCCGCUCAGAGAAAUCCGUCACCAUCAACGCUCCACCUGCUGAGCCCUUGUUAGGAGACCAGUCGAUGCGAGGAGAAGAGAUGCAGGAUGACAACUGGGGCGAGACCACCACGGCCGUCACCGGCACCUCCGAGCACUCGCUCUCGCAAGAAGACAUCGUCCGCAUCAGCAAGGACCUGGACGACAGCGUGGGUCUGGACUGCAAGCAUUACCUCUCCGUCUCCUUCUCCGUCAUCCUGGGCCUGCUGGUGCUGCUCACGCCGCUGGCCUUCCUGGUGCUGCCUCACCUGCUGUGGCCGGAGAGACUGCGGGUCUGCGGCACGGCCUGCGAGGGUCUCUUCAUCUCCGUCGCCUUCAAGCUGCUCAUUCUGCUGCUGGCCGUGUGGGCGCUGUUCUUCCGGCCCCCCCGAGCGGGCAUGCCCCGAAUCUUCGUGUUCCGCGCCCUGCUGUCCACGCUGGUGUUCCUGUUCGUGCUCUCCUAUUGGCUGUUCUAUGGAGUGCGCAUCUUCGACACAAAGGAUGAGGAUUAUCAGGGCAUUGUGCAGUAUGCAGUCUCUCUGGUAGACGCUCUGCUGUUUAUCCACUACCUGGCCAUAGUGCUGCUGGAGCUGCGGCAGCUGCAGCCCUGCUUCUCCCUGUGCGUCACUCGCUCUACAGACGGAGAGACGCGCCACUACAACCUGGGACAGCUGAGUAUCCAGAGGGCAGCUGUAGCCGUGCUGGAGAACUACUACAGAGAUUUCCCUGUACACAACCCAGCUCUACUCACAGCCUCCAAGUCCCGCGCAGCCAAACACCUGGCAGGCCUCAAGGUCUACAAUGUAGAUGGUCCUGGAGGCAAUAACGCAGCAGCAGGUAUCGCCCAGUCUCAGUCCCGAGCCAUGAUCGCCGCUGCCGCCCGCCGACGAGACACCAGCCAUAAUGAGCUCUACUACGAGGAAGCAGAGCACGAGAGACGCGUCCGCAAGCGCAAAGCCAGGCUGGUGGUGGCAGUUGAAGAGGCCUUCACGCACAUCCGCCGCCUCCAGGAGGAGGAGCAGAAGAAGUCCCCUGGGGAAAUCAUGGAUCCACGCGAGGCGGCGCAGGCCAUCUUUCCUUCUAUGGCCCGAGCCCUGCAGAAGUACCUGCGCACCACCCGUCAGCAGCACUGCCACAGCAUGGAGAGCAUCCAGCAGCAUCUAGCCUUCUGCAUCACACACAACAUGACGCCUAAGGCAUUUCUGGAGAGCUACCUGAUGCCAGGCCCCACGCUGCAGUACGGCCGCGAGCGCUGGCUGGCCCACCAGUGGACCCUCAUCAGCGAGGCCUCAGUGACCAGCGGCCUGAAGGAGGGCACCGUAUUUCUGCUAAAAUGCAUAGACUUCAGCUUGGUGGUCACCACUAAAAAGAUCCCCUACAUCAAGCUCUCUGAGGAGUUCAUCGACCCCAAGUCCCACAAGUUUGUCCUGCGGCUACAGUCGGAGACUUCGGUGUAGCCAUAUAUCACAUCUUGUCUUUUGUUUUGUUUGUUUUUUCAGUCGCUCACAAGCUAUUUUUGUGUUGGGUUGAGAUUUUCAAAUGUAAUGAGUUUUUCUUAGAUUUUUUUAUGUAUGUAAUAUAUACAUAUGAAUCUUUAUAUCACAUAUUUGAAUAUAUUUCUUUUCUUUUUUGUUUAGUUUUUUUUAUCAGUUUGGGCAGGCACGUUAAGCAGGAUGCACUGUUCUAACAUGCUCACGUUCCAAACAUGCAAAAGUGUACAAAGACAUGCAAAUGUAACAUGAGAGAAUAUAGUGCACAAGACUUCUUUUUCACAUCCUUUUUUUUUUAAAACACCAGAAACUCUGAACUAUCCAGUGGACCACUUUCAAAAACCUCUCAAAAAAUGGUGGAUGGACCCAAAGGAUUCUCACAGGAGAGAGAUGACAACAUUUCUCUUGGAUUUUCUCUUUCCUCUCAGCUCAGACAUGGACAUGUUCAGGCAAAGGCACUGUGAAUCAAAUCUAACCCCAGCAGACGGGAUUUCUCCACUUGUUCGCCACAUGUUUCUGUAUCAGCGGAGAACCCGCACCUCUCUGCACUCUCAGACCGCUGUACACUCUCUGUUCACUCUCUCUCUCUCCGUCUCCGCAGAGGUUGUUAUAGCAACCGAGCUUUGACUCCACGGGGUUGAAAAACAUGAGACAUGGUCGAAAUGAUGACCUUUUUCUACUGUAAGUGUGUAUGAACUCUAGCGGUGCUUCUUUUUUAUCAUCAACAAUCACAUUGGAUCUGUCUCAUCACUGAUAAAACACAACAUAAUCACAUUUUAUUUUUAGUUUUUUGUUUUUCAUUUACACAUUAUACCUUUUUUUUGGGGUCAGUAUCAAUUUAAUGUGCCUUUUGUGUCUGCAGCUUUUACUCUGAAUGAACACUGAAAAAAAGCCAUUUAAACAGAGAAUUCCUUGAUGAUAUCUAAACAUUGAUGAUAUAUAUAUUCCUUGAUGAUAUAUAAACCUCUAAGCCCUCUAAGAAAGAAACUGUUUACAUCAGUUUUCAUUACAACCUUCAUAAUAUUUAGUUUUUUUUAAGGAACUGAGGGCACUUGCUGCAUGUUCAGCAGUUAACAAUAUUCAUUUUCACUUAUUAGUUAAUGUUUCUCAAAUAGUUCCCAUACUUAGGUAUGGGAGGUAAAGCUUAAGCUAAAAUAUCAGUAAAUUAAUUAAUAAUUUGAGAAAAUUAAACUGUAUAUUUGAAAUGGAAAUUAACAAACUAUGAACAUUUUAUAAUGUUUUCAUUAUAAGCCAAUUUUAGCAAAUAUUUUUAAAUUGUCCAGUAAAAAAAGUCUUAUAAAUAUGAUAAGUAGUCAAAAGAGUAAUGCCUUUUCUCUGUAAUGAGGAUCAAAAGGCACAGUAUUCUGAUAAUGACCCUAUUCAACUUGUGCACAUUGUACAGAUGUGAGGUGUUGGUGAGUGUGUUGUUAAAGUGGUAAGAGUUUAAAUUUAGUGUUCAGCUUGAGAAAUGGCAGUUCAAUGAGUGGAAACAGUUAUUUAGGGUAUUUUCACACAGCAGAUAAAUUUUUGGUGGUGUGGCAGUGUGAAGGGGCUAAGAUACACUAAAUCUGAGGCAGUGUCAUUCUGUCUGAACAGCCAGAACAGAAUUCAUGGGACGUUUAAGAAUUAAAGGCUGAAAAUGGACAACAUCAUUGAGUAAGGAAGGGUUUAGUGGGAGAUAAUGACCUCAUAAUCGGUAACAGAUCUCGUUAAUAUAAAAUUAAAUAAAAAAAUAAAGGUUAUGUUCACAUUACCAGGCUGAAGUGACUCAAACCUGAUUUUUUUGCUCAAUGUGGCUCAGAUUAGUUUUUUUUUUUUUUUUUUAUGGCUGAGCCAAAUCAGAUUUUUUGGAAAAUCAGAUUUGAGUCAAUUUCAUAUGUGGUCCUAUAUCAGUUAUGUGUCCAAUCAAUGGAUAUGCGACAUGAAUGUGAACCAUCAAGAUACCGAAAAAUCGGAUUUGUGAAAUGGCCAAAUGCGAGUGUGAUUGUAGCGUCAAAGCUAAAAGAAAUGAAGGCCAUGAACUAAAUAAUUAUCUCUCUGUUGAUAAGACCAACUUCUUCACAGCUCCUCUUAUGUUUGAGAAAAUGAAACCGAAACUUCACGUUAAGCAUUGCUCCUUUGCGCAUGCACACUAAUAUAGGCUUGCAAACUUUUCAGCCAAAGUCAGAUAUGGUUCACAUAUUUAUUUUUUUUUAAUAAAGUGAGAAAAUAGAAUUUUGGCACUUUUUUAUCUGCUGUGUGAAGAUAGCCUUAGAGCGUCUGCUCUGGUCUUUUAGUUUGUUUAUCAGGGACCAUAACCACCAUCUUCAAGAACUUGAAGCACAAGGUCAUGACUGUUGCUAUUCCUGUUGAGUUUAAAGUAAAGGUCAAUAUGCUUUUGCUUAAUCCAUAUAAUGUCACACACAGACACGGAUAGUACUGUAUAGAUGUCAAUGCCAGCUAAUUUACAACCUUGCUGUAUCCUUAUUAAUCUUAUUACCAAACAGCUUUAACUAAGGAGUAACUUUUUAAUUUAUUAAACAUUAGACCUCUGAGGCUGGCAUCAUUUUGUUGUCUUUAAGGCUCAUUUAUACUUAACAGGAAGAAUGCAGUGAAAUAACAUUUUAGGUUGAAACUGAACAAAAUGAAAAAUUUGUCUGAAGCCCAAAUUCUUUUUUUUUUUUUUUUUUUUUUGAGGGUUUUUUUGGGGGGAUUUUGCUAUUUUUUUUACCAUUGCAUAAAUGAACUAAUCUGCAAUUCUCAUUAUAAUUUCUAUGUUUAAAAUGUAACAUUAUUUAUUAAACACUGAACAUUUUUAACAUGGGACUUUUACAUCAAAGAAAGGGGUAAAAAUAUAUAAAUAAAAAUAUAAAGGCUGAAAUUGGAAAACAGCUGUGAGUGAGGGUUCGGUGGGGGAUAAUGAACUCGUAAAUAUUGGGGGAUAUUUUACCAAACAAAACAAAAAAAAAGUAAAUUAGUAGAGUUGCAGUAGCUUUAAUAUUUUAACUAAAAUUAGAACAUUUUGAAUGUAACAUUAUUUAAGCACUGAACAAUUUUACCAUCCCAGCUGGUUGCAAUUUGAUCAUGUCCUCAAAAACAAUUGUAUAAACUCGCCCUAACUACAAAACGCUGCGGGAAACCCUGAUACACUUAUUGUUAUUUUAUUUAAAAAUUUAAAUAGGGCAUCUUUCCCGGAACUUUCUUCAAACCAUAUUUCAAAAUGACACAUCCUCAGAGGUCUAUGCACAAACAAAAUCACAAUCUCAUUUAAGAAUGACAGAAAUAGACUUCUUACACUGAUUUAGUUUUUGGUUUGUAACAUAUAAAAGUUUUUUGAUAUGAUUAAAUGGUGUAAAAGUAUACAUUAUUUUAAAAGAAUUUUCCAGGAUGUGUAAAGGAGCAGUUCAACCAACAGUAACACGACUAUUUUUUUUACUUUUGGUGGAACUGUCCUUUGAAGCAGUUCAGCAAUGGUAUACUGUACUUGGUAUAUUCUGAUAGAACUGUUUGGAAAUGCUACAACCUGCUGUCGUUCCACUACUGGUUUAUGUUUUGUUAUCUGUGGCCAAAGACAGUGAUAUAAACUGGUCCUCUGUGAGGUUUGUGGGGAAAACAUGUAGGUGUCGUGAUAAUGUGGUCAAUAAGAAAGCACUUAAUAUGGACUGCGAUGCUUGUGUGUGAAGACUAAUCACAGGGCCCUUUGAUUUCUGCAUAGAGAUUGCGAUUAAAUUUAAGAAUUGAGGCAUAAAAACACAUUUUGACAUACGAAAAAGUGAUUAAAAAAACAAUAAAUACAACUAAAUGGGGGAAAAAGGAAUCUGAAAAGUGACUCAGCAGACUGAAAAACUCUCACUAUGCCUCAAUGAUCAUCACUUGCUCUCUCUCCGUCACUCCUGUUGUGAUACUGGCUGACACAGGCAUUUGUUGGCUGAUUUACAAAAGCUGGGGAUACGGCACUUUCCCCGAGCACAAUCUUGCAUGUAUCAGAGGAGGCAUGCACUUUUAGGGCAUGUCUGUGUGUCUUUGCUAUCUUUUGCUAUUGUAACGACAAGAAAAGUACACCGUGAACAGCCUGAAAUGUGCGAAACUGUGCAUGUACUAAUUCUCUUAAUUAAUCAUGGGUGUGUUUUGGGCAUCUGUCUAUGUUGUUUUUAGUCAGUUGCGCACCUGUGUUUUCUGUUGCUAAGAUAGCAAUAGGCCAGAAAUUGACUUGAACACACCUCAUUUCGAGACCACCACGGCCAUCGGCGUAGCUAUAUUUACAAGCACUGUUGCUAUUUAAACAACAGAGGUGCAAGAUGUGAAAAUAGACUCUUGGUGGGGUGUAAGAUAGCAAUGAGCACCCCUACUGUUGAAAGCAUUGCUAUUAGUAGGGGAAAUCUAGUAAAUUGGAGAGUUUAAAAAAUUGUAAAAAUGUAUAAUUUGGAGGGAAAUCAGAUUUCAUAGGGGCCUAUAAUGAAAAUAAGACAAUGAUUAGAUGUUACGACAAUGACACAAUGUUGAGACAAUGUUAGUUUUAACAAUGAUGAAUGAAUGAAAUAUUAUGAAUGAAGUUGUGCAAGUCCAUUUAUCUUAAUUUUCACAACAUAUUUCUUUUUGUUUUGUUUUUUCUGAUGAAGCCACUUUUAUAUCAUCACUCAUCACAUCAUGAACUUUUUUUUUUUUUCAAGCACGAUUACGACUGGCAGAAAGAAAAAAAUCCAUGCAAUUUCUAGAAGCAAGACUUUUAAUAUGCAAGCAGUUUCACCCCAGGAUGAAACCUUACGAUGCAUAGUGAUGCAUUAUUUUCUAAUCUGCCUUGUCGAUUCAAAAGGACAACCACUUAGUGCCCUCUAGGAAGAAUCACUGAAGGUGUCUGCCCUCCCGAUCGGCCUGCAAUCAAGCAGCAAACGGACGCUAAUUACAGACACUAAGAGGAUAUCGACUUCGCUCAUUCCUCCCCUCUUUCUUCCUCCUCUCCAACACACAUCACAGUGGUGAUGAGGACUGGCGUGUACUUUUCUUUAUAUGAACCUCUCUCACAAUGUGACUGUGCCUCUGUUUUUACGCAGUGUGUUUGUAUUUAUACUGUAAAUGUGCAUCAUUCCUACUCAACAACAACAAAAAAAAAAAAACGCUUCCGUUACAAAUCUCUCACUUUUCAUCCGUCAUUCGGAAAGGAAAGGCCAACAUUUAUAUUCCUGACGUUAUGUUGUGAUAAAUAUGUUUCAGAGCUCACUCCACAGACAUUUGUAUGAAAUAAACAUUUGUAUGAACAUUG